AUGAAAGCAACUUUGGUAGUGUUUUUCGCCGUUUUGGCUGUUGCCUUUGGUUACAUGCCCUGCGGAUGCGAAUAUCCGAAAGACUUUGAUGAAACCGUCUGCGGAUCCGAUGGUCGUAGCUAUGCUAACCUUUGCGUAUUGGAGUGCGCUCAGAAAACCAUCGCAGGAUUGAGCAAGGUCAGCGAUGGAAGCUGCGACGGAAGCAGUGAAGCGGUCUGCUUCUGCAACAGAACUUUGAUGCCUGUCUGCGCCAGCGACGGUAAAACCUACGUCAACCCGUGCGAAGUCGAGUGCAGAGCUGUCGAUAAUCCCGAUUUGAAGGUUGUCGCGCUUGGAAAAUGCGAAUAG